AACCAAGUGUUCUGAAGUAGAGGCUGAAAGCACCAACCGUGUAGCCUUCUGUGGAACUUGGAGGAAAAAUGGACUUGGGUGAGAACAAAGAAGAAAAAGCUGACAUGGGAUUAAACCGACUUGAACCCCCAGCUGAGGUUUUCCUACAUUUGCUACACGCAACAGCUGGUGUUUCCUCCCCACCCGCCUGUGGAGCUAUUGCUCUUCUUGGUGUAUGCAGGGGUUGAGGGCGUGUGGUCCCAAACCAGCCCCUUUCCCACUGAAACCGCUCCCCAGUGCUGCCCCUGCCCGGGGAACCCACCGCACUUUGGAGGCUCCCUCCAGCUUCCCGUUUUGAGGUGGGUUUAAUGGCAGCUGCAUCUUCACCAGCUUCCUGGAGAGCUGAGCAGAUGGAUCAUUUGCUUUGUCAGCUGGAGCUGUGACCCCUGCGGCCUCGAGCCACCCACCAUGUCCCACUCACCGCUUCAGUCACACAGGUCACAGAUGGUGGGGUUUCGUCAGGACUUUGACCAUUACUCUUCCUUGGCCAAGCUCAUGUCGAUCUACCAGGCAACCAACAGGACCACCUUCAACUGGACAGACAGCCGCAUUGUUGAGUGGGAGAAAUUUGCUGAGCUGGCUAAAUAUGAGCCAGAAUCCCAGAAACCAACAGUGAAAGCUCUUCUAAUUGUGGCGUACUCAGUCAUCAUCAUCAUGUCUCUCUUCGGGAACAUGCUGGUGUGCCACGUGGUGCUGAAGAACAAGAGGAUGCACUCAGCCACCAGCCUUUUCAUCGUCAACCUGGCAGUGUCUGACAUUAUGAUCACACUGCUCAACACGCCUUUCACCCUGGUUCGGUUUGUGAACAGCACGUGGAUCUUUGGCAAGGCCAUGUGCCACAUCAGCCGCUUUGUGCAGUACUGCUCCCUCCACGUCUCCACGCUGACCCUGACGGCCAUCGCCCUGGACAGGCACCAGGUCAUCCUGAACCCUCUGAAGCAGAGGUUGUCGCUGACGAAGGGAGCGCUGAGCAUCUCUGUGAUCUGGCUGAUGGCCACCUGUUUCUCCCUACCCCACGCCAUCUAUCAAAAGCUUUUCCAGUAUCACUACAGGGAAGCCACUGUCCGGAGUUUGUGCCUCCCUGAUUUUCCUGAGCCCGCAGAGCUGGUCUGGAAGUAUCUGGACCUCUCUACCUUCCUCCUUCUUUACCUCCUGCCUCUGCUGAUCAUCACUGUCACCUACACGCGCCUGGCCAAGAAGCUGUGGCUCCGCAAUGCCAUUGGGGACAUCACCACGCAGCAGUACAUCACCCACCACAGGAACAAGAAGAAGAGCAUCAAGAUGCUGAUGCUGGUGGUGGUGGUCUUUGCUGUCUGCUGGUUCCCCCUCAACUGCUACGUGGUGCUCAUCUCCAGCCUGGGCAUCAAGACGAAGAACUCCCUCUACUUCGCCCUGCACUGGUUUGCCAUGAGCAGCACCUGCUACAACCCUUUCAUCUACUGCUGGCUGAACGAGAGCUUCAGAUCCGAGCUGAAGUCCCUGCUCUGUAUGUGCCACAAGGUGCCUGGGGCUCAGGACAACGCGCUGCUGCCCGCGGCUGCGUCCUGCCGCGAGGCGUGGAUGGAGCAGCCCAGGUACAGGAAGGGACCUGCCUCGCAGACCCUUUGCUCCACCAUGAACACCCAGACGGCCAACACCGACCUGUGAGCCCAAGGGCCGAGGUGAGCUCGCUGGAUCCAGUGGGUACCAAAGGGCACCCCCCAGCUUCUCCUUGGGAACCCACGUUGCUGCUCUGGCAUCUUUAUACUGACUUGGGACUUGUAGGACGGUGGCAGCCCCUUUACUCUGUGCAGUGGGAGCGGAGGCGCGCAAGGACCCUCCCUGCGAGCCCGCAGCUGCAGCAGGUCCAGGGAACAGGCGUCUGUGUGGGGGACACGGAGCUCCAGGG